AUGGAUGGACAGUCGAGUGCAGACCACCGCAGAGGUGGAGGUCGAAGCGGUGGCUUGAGACGCAAAGGUAGCGGCGGACGAGGCACCUAUCGUCGCGUACAGGCUCCAGUAAGUGAGUCGACGGGGGAUUCUGACCCCAAGACGAGUUCAGGCAGCCACCGCUCGGUGCAGGUGGUAGACGACCAUAAUGACACGGCUCCGUCAGCCCCUUUCCAAUCUUCUCUGCGAUCCUCACUGAAGGACUCGGCCAAGAAGACCGAGCGUAAGAGUUCAAAGACGGACUUGCAGGUGCAGACGAAAGGACAGCGCCAGGUUAUCUCGCUAUCUUCGCCGUCGCCUCAGAAGGGAGCAGCACAGACCAAGAAAUUCGUCAGCAGCUUGACGAAGUCCAUUGGACGGGAUGAUGAUCGAGGAUCGAGACAGGAGAAGGACCAGCAAGGAGGCCGAGCAAGACAGGGCUCGUCACUGCGUCGCUCGAACAGUCGGGAGCCGCAGCGACGUUCUAAUAGUCGGGAGCCUCUGCGUCGCUCUAGUAGUCGAGAGCCGAGGCAGUGGUCGAAUGAAGGACUGGGAUCGUAUCGAUCUGGCAAUCGAUCGGUGUCAAGAACCAGGUUGACGAGGAAAAACAGCUCGGACAGUGUAUCGUCUCAGCGAUCGGACCGCAGCGACAGGAGUUUUCGCAGUGAGCGAUACAGCGAGGAAUACCGAUCGAGUCUUAACGAUGGACCGCAGCCUAUUCGCAGGCUUUCAAGCGGGCCAACGCAGUUUAAAUCGUCUUUGGCAGGGUCUCUGACGAAGAGUGCGCAAGAUGUCCGCGUGAAAAAGGGGCGUCCUGCGUCUGGUACAAUAGGCCGCUCGUACGGUAAACAAUCUCAGGAAACCUCCCGACGAUCGUCUCUUGACGGAGGAGCUGCAGCGCUUCGAAGAGUGAACUCAAGUUCUCCUGUUGCCCAAGAGAAGGACGAUACGUCUGUUAACGCGCCUGCAACUCCUGUUGCUGAUGAAGUAGAGCGUAGACGUCUUGCUGACACUCUUCGAGAGCGUAUGGAGGCUCGGAAACUUGAACGCGGUAGCAGUCUGGCUCAAAUGAUGAAGUCGCCUUUAGAGCGUAAGGGCUCAAUGGAGAACGAGGCACGGCACAGUCCACUUAGCUCGAGAAAAGAACUCGAAAAGGACAAAGCUCCAAGUGGCAGCAAUGCUGAAAAGGACGCAAGAACCCGAAAGUAUUACGCCAAACUCGACAAGGAGAACACAGAGCGUGAAGCAGCACGACGCGCUGCUCCAUUCAAGUCUUCCUUGACGUCGUCACUCGAGUCUGGCCCACCUAAACCCCAGUCGUCGCUUGCAGCGUCAAUUGAUACAGCACCGCCUCGAACUCUCAAGUCUUCUUUGGCUGCAUCGAUGGAAACGAGACCGACACGGACACUGAAGUCGUCGUUGACAGCGUCACUUGCACCAUCUCAACCGACUGUGACGCGCGCUAAGAAGUUGCAGUAUUCGCUCGCAGAGCUGAGGAGACUUAUGGCAUGUGCGGUACCUAGACCGGCAGACCUGAUCGACAUGAAAAUUGUGGAAGUAACUCAACUUCGCGACCCAUCUUCGGUCGUGAAAAAGUCAUCAGGACGUCUUGGAGCGGGCUAUGGGAUUGGGAGAUCUAUUGGAGGCAGCAUUAGGAAGGGCGAGUGCUCAAGUGGUCGUGGAACGAGAAGCCAAGGUGGCUUGAGAGACGGUAGGCGUGACAGACAAGGUCGUGGCGGAGGCCGUGGAGGCCGUGGAGGUCGUGGAGGAGGUGGUGGCCGUGGUGCCUACAGUCGACCACCCCCGCCACCGCUUUAUGACGGUCCUAUUGAGCCUCUGACUGUGUCGGAGAACCGAUGGAAGCCCACGAAGGAAAAGGAUAUUUCUCCUGUCGAGAAGACGCUGAGCAAUGUCAAGAGUAUGCUGAACAAGCUGACGAGAGAGAAGUUCGCGAAGCUGACAAACGAGCUCUGCGCUGUUGACAUCGACAGUUUUGUCCUGCUGAGCUCGAUCGUCUCAAUUAUUAUGGACAAAGCGCUGGAAGAGCCCAGCUUCGCGGAUGUGUAUGCUGAUUUAUGCAAGGAAUUCCAUUCGCGAACUGCGAAGAAGACUUGGAGCUUUCUGAGUGUGCUGAGUGAUGAACACGGCUCGUUCUACUGGACAGGGAUCGACAAGGCCUCAUUUACGUCGUUUGUCGGUCCAUUCGACAGCCCAUGUAGCUGUCUAAAGGAUCUUGACGCCGCUGAAAGUGCCGCUACUGCGACGUGUGCCUGUGAAUUCAUUCCCUCAGUUAAUCUCCGUCGUCAAGGCGACUACGUAGUGGCCGUGGGUGAGAAAGAAGCCGGAACUUUCUAUUACUCGAAGCGGAAGUUGAGUGAGAUCAGCGAUGACGAGCCAUUUGGAGGACCGUUCGAGUCAGCUGACGUUGCACGGCACGCGGCUGCGACUCAAACCACGUUCACACGACUUCUCGUUAAUCGCUGUCAAGGCGAAUUCGAAAAGACAAACAAGCACGUUGGCUCUCAAGAAGAAAACAAGGAGGAGAUUGACCCUAGACGUCGAGAAAUCCUGGCUAUGCGUGCGAAGGCAAAGAUGCUGGGGAACAUCCGCUUCAUUGGCGAGCUGUACAAGGUGGAUCUGAUCAAGCAAUCCGGAGUGCAAGGAUGCAUCUUCUACUUGCUAGGACUCGAGUUGAUCCCUGGAGAAGAUGGGCAAGAAAUUCAAGCUCAAGCUGUACGCUUCCCCGAUGAACACGACCUCGAAGCACUGUGCAAGAUGCUGGCGACGGCUGGUAAGAAGUUCGACCAGCCGAAAACGAAGAACAUCAUGAAAAUCGUCAUCUUGCGCAUGGUGGAGCUGUCAGACGACACGAAGUUGCCGUCUCGAGCGCGAUUCUUGCUCAAGGAUGUCUUGGAAACGCGAGAUCACAUGUGGGAACCUCGUCGCAAGGAGAUGCAGCAGAAGACCUUGGAAGAAGUUCGCAAGGAGGCACAAAAACUUCAGCAGCAAGGUAAAAAUGCUCAGCAUGACGACGUACAACGACGUCGUCAUAAGACACGCAUCUCGAGCGCUCAACUCGCGAAACAGAGCAGCAACCUCAUUGUGGCCAAGAAGGAGGAACCAGAACACGAAGAAGCGCAGGAACUGUCGCCCGCGCAGAUGUCAACUCGCAUCAAGAGCAUCAUACAGGAAUACCUCUCGAUUGCGGACCUGGAUGAAGCCUCCACAUGUGUCCAGGAGCUCCCCGUGGACCCGUAUCAUGUCGAGUUUACUGAACAAGUCAUCAACACAGCGUUGGAAGGCAAGACGAAUGAACGUGAGCAUGCAGUCGAGUUGCUUGUGGGGCUGUAUGAGCGCGGCGUGCUGGACGCGAACUCCAUCCAGUCAGCGUUGGUGAACGUCAUGGAGUUCCUGGAAGACAUGAAGAUCGAUUUACCGUUGAUCCACCAAUACUCGGCGCUGAUCUUUGGUCGCUUAGUCGCUGCUGGCUGCUUCGGGCUGACGUGGAUCAUCUCGGAAGCAUUGGCUCAUUGUGUGGAGUGUAAACUCACGUCUUUGGUGUUCCCUGAGGUGCUGUCAGUGCUGGAGAUGGAGAGCGACGAGAGGACAGUAAUCCGGAUGCUGACGGAUGAGGAGAUCACACCGGAAAGUGUUAUGCCUACAGCGAUGAGGAAUGAGACUGGGGUGGAAGCGUAUCUGCGAGAAAACGGUAUCGAAGUCUUCUUUGGAGACGAGGAAGACGAGCUGGAUGAAGAUAUUGCUGGAAAGAUGCGUAGCACUCUGGAGGAAUAUCUCUCGGUUAAGGACUUCAGCGAGGUGGUGCUGUGUAUUGAGGAGCUGGAUGCUGUUCCUGAUCGCUGGCGACACUUUGUGCAUAUCGUGUUGGCGUUUAGCUUGGAGGAAAAGCAGUCGGUACGCAGCGACGUGGCGGAAUUGCUGUUGCAGCUUUUUACCAGCGAGAAAAUCACAUCCGAAGACAUCGAGACUGCUGUUGAGAUCAUCUUGGAUGACUAUGACAACUUGCGCGUUGAUAUUCCUCGACUUGCUGUCAACAUGAGUGAGCUGUGGACUCCGCUGUUCGCGAAGGAAGCUCUGUCGGUGCAAUGGCUGAGCGAGGCGUGCUCUCAUCUGGUCGAAAGUGGACGCGCAGCUGAUGUUCUUGAUGCUCUGUUGUCUGCAUUGGAGGCGCAGGAUGGCUGA